GGUUGAAAGAGAAGAAAAGAGAAAAAAUAAAACAAGAUGGAGGACGGACGGGCAAGCGGACACAAGCGGUCGACUAGCGGUGGGGCGGAGUGAAGGAGGGUGCGUAAGUACGGGAGAGAUUGUGAACGGCGCUUAAAGCGCGCCUCACUCUUCGUCGCGCGGUUCCCCGCCAACGAUGGCGUAUUUUACAAAGUCCGUGGGGUGCUUCCGGUAAGCCCCGUAGCCAGCGGCACUUUCUCGGCUCCUUCGCGGCGCUAUCGGUCGCACGGCAGGGGCGAACACAGUGGCGGCUUCGGAGGCGAUAAGGUCCACGGUCCAUCCCCACCCCUAAAGCGCGCCGUUACACCUCGGCCUGUGCCUCUCUUUUCAUGGUAAGAGAAAGAGAAAGAGAGAAAAAGAUAUAUAUAGAGGGAGGGAGAGAGAGAGAGAGAGAGAGAGAGUGAGACGGAGAGGGGAUAGCACGGACCAGAGGAAACAACGACAGCGACGAUGCCGGGGCAACAUCGAAACAAGGGCGGAGGAGAAGUUGGAGGGGGAAGACAUCACGGCGGACAAGGCCGCCAUAUUGAAUCACUUCGGUUAAUUUUUGCGCAGGGGAAGCAACGAGCGAGUGAACGAGCUACAUAACUAGAAAGAGAUAAAGAGAGUUGGAAAGAAGAAUAAUAUACAAAAAGGAUAUAGUACGAGGGAGGAGUUUUCGUCUCGUAACCUUUACAAACGAAAACGGAAGUGCGUAAAGAAGGGAAAAAAUCAUCCAGUGGAUUCUUCCUCGUGCUUACGGAUCCCGUGCUGUGACGAAAAAGGACGAUUUUCGUGUCUCCUAUCUCGCGUUCUCUUACUAUCCUUUUCCCUCUUUCUCUCUCUCUCUCUCUCUCUCUCUCUCUCUUCUCUCUCUCCCUCUCCUUCUCUCUCCCUCCCCUUCUCUCUCCCUCCCCUGUCCCUAUUGCUCUAUCUAUCUCUUUCUAUCCUUUUUCAUUCGUGGUUGGAAGAAGCGCGCGUAAGAGAGCGCGUAAAGCGAGCAAGCAGCAGCAGCAACAGCAGCAGCAGCGGUGGCGGCGGCGACGACAGCGGCGUGGCGCUGCUUUGGCUGCCGUCCUCCGUUCAUCCGUCCGUCUGUCCGUCGGUCAGUUCGUCCGUCAGCCUGUCGGUCUGUCGAUCUUCUCUCUUUCUCACUUCUGGCAGUUAGGCGCGCCGCGCGGCGCGACGCGAUGAACGACCUAGCAAUGCGCGAGCACGCACGGAAGAGAUUCACGCGCGGAAAUUCUAUGUGCACGACGUUCACGACGAGGACGACGACGACGAUCGCUGGACGAUGAAGUGUAUUUUGUGUAUUAUAUUUUUGUGAUGUAUAUAUAAUAUACAUACAUAUACAUAUAUAUAUAUAUAUAUCUUGACUAGAGACGAAACGAUCGUAUAUACCGAACGCGCUCGUAUGUGUGUGUACAUGUGUGUGUAUGUGUAUAUUUCUUCGCUCUGUCCACUGCUUUAGAGAAGAGAACGUGUACGUGGAUGUGUAGUUACGUACAUGUGUCGUGCAACGUGUAAGAAAGAUACUAUAUAUUAACGAACGGUGGAUCAUUGUGUCCGCUGUAUCAUCGGCGUCGUCUCUUAAAAACAAACGAAUAUACAGAUCACAGUGCGAUACGAUGGUUUAAUAUUUCUUUUACGAAGAGGAGAAAUUAGAAGAAAAUUGUGAGUGAAACAACACCGACCGACCGAUCGACCGCCAGCCCAGUCCCUUGCCUUAAUUGUUCGUCGUCUACCUGUUCCCUUACGUCCUUUCUAUAAAUCGAUUUACACAUACUCCUUUUUCUCUUUUUCUUUCUCUCUCUCUUUUCUCUCUCGUUCUCUCUUCCUCUCCCUCUUUCCCUAUAUCUACGUACGUCUAAGGGAUUAUCCAGAGCAAGGACGAGACUGAUCGAGAAGAAAUUUUCAGUGCGAUUCCGGUGCCACUACCACUAUAGGAUGUCGACGAGCACGCGUGUGUGUGGAUUCCCAGUGGUCGAAGGAAUGGAAACCAUGGAGUUGGAUGGUGAUGCUGUAGUUGAUCUGAGCGUAAGCAGCAGUGGCAGGAGGAAUUCCCCAUCUAUAAAUACUAAUUCAGGUGAUGCAGGAGUGCCCUUGGAUCUUGGAGUUCAUUUCUCCACAAGUUCUAAUUUAGAAAGUAAUAUGCCAGAAGCUCGUAACAUUCAAAAUGCAGCAAGAGGCAUAUUGGCUCCAAAAUCGGGAGACGAUCGGAGGACUCGUCGUAAUCUUAGACCAAGAAUUGAAAGAAGUUACGCGGAGAGUCCUGACGAGCCUAGAAUAAAUGGAUAUCUAAAUGGAAAUACAUCGGAUAGCGAUGAAGGUCGAAUUACAAAUAAUAUUUCUUCAAACACAGCUGAUAUGCCACCAUUGCUUCCAAUCAAAGAACUAUCUUCAGAUGAAUUGGCUGAACGCGAAAGGACAUUGAGAAAACUGAAGGAGGAGCUACGAUCUGAGGAAAUGAAAUUGGUACUGCUAAAAAAGCUGAGACAGUCUCAACAAUUAAAAGAGAAUAUUGCGGCAGUUCCCAAAGUUCCCAGCAAAUUGCCACCACCAGUAACAGUACAACCAACACCUCAUGGGCAUAGAACAGGGAAAGCACCACCGCCAUUACUGAGAGGGCAACCGGCACCAAGUAGAAGUAGUAGUCUUCACGCGCCACCACCUGGAAUGUUAUUACCACCUACAACUGGACGUAGUUCUACUUCAAGUACUGGAAUGCCUCCUAAUAUGGUAAUACCUCAACCACCGCAUCCUCGGAGUAGACCACCUAGUGCAACGCCGAGUGUGCCAACUUAUCAUGCUCCGGCUGAUAGAACUGAACGCUCCACAAAAGAUCCUACCCCUACACCAGCGCAUCAACUGCUUGUUGGAUCUCAAGAAAAUAAAACCACAGCAUCUUUAAAUACGCCCGUAAUUUCGGAACAGGAUAGAUCCAGAGAGGAUAAUCAAACUCCCGCACAGCGGCAGGCUGCUGCUAAGUUGGCUUUAAGAAAACAACUGGAGAAAACUCUUUUGCAAAUACCACCACCGAAACCUCCACCACCGGAAAUGCAUUUUGUACCGAAUCCUUCGAACACAGAGUUUAUUUAUCUGGUUGGCUUGGAGCAUGUGGUUGAUUUUAUUACGAAAGAACCUGCUAUACCCCCUCCUCCUGAGCCGUUUGAAUGUACACAGUGUAAAACAGACUUUACGCCUGUUUGGAAGUGGGAAAAACCAGUAGGUAGUGGCAAAAAAGAAGGUCCACGUGGACAGCAUGCCACGUUCCAACGACCUCCAGCAGGUCGAGAUCCUAGAGUCAUCUGUGAACAUUGUGUUACGUCCAAUGUUAAGAAAGCUCUCAAAGCAGAACAUACAAAUCGAUUAAAGACUGCUUUUGUAAAAGCUCUACAGCAAGAGCAAGAAAUCGAACAAAGGCUUGCUCAAGCAGCGUGUCCAAGUCCAGAUCCACCAGCUCCAAAAGUAGUCCCGAAAGCGGCUACUCCUACAAGAAGAAUAGCGACACCUCCUGCUCCUCCUCCUCAGGUGCCGCCGGCACCUACGCUUACGCCAACACCACCUGCGCCCAAACUGCAGGAACACCCGUUAGUUAAACUGGCUGAAAGUGGAAAGUUUAGCCCUCAUCAUGCGGCUACUGCAGCUGCUUUACAACAGCAAUUGUUAAGAGAACUGGCAAAGAAUCCCGUAGCAGGCUUACCGCAUCAGCCUCUUCCUGCACACAUGAUGCCUCCGUUUACUUCGAUAUUAUACCCGUAUCAGCUCGCAAUGGCACAGGCUACUGGAGGUAAAGGCCUCGUUGAAUUGCAACGGCAAGCAGCGGAUCUUCAACGUCAGUACCUGCUCGAUAUGAUUCCAUCGCAAGCAUCACAAGCACAGGGCAACCAAGCUCCACCAAGAGCUCAUCCGCAUAAUUGGAAAACGUAACCGGACGCAUUUAAAGAACGAACGAUAAAUACAAGUAAAUAAUUACAAUAUACGGAAUAUCGAAGUAAUUGAGGAACAGUUUCAUGGAAAAGUUUCAUGAUCAUUAACAGAGACGAUAUAUCGCAAAAUGUCAUACCGUUGUGAUUUGGACUACCGAUACGUUAUUGGUACAUCGCUCAUUAAAUGAUCAGUUUGGGAAAGAUACAAUCCAAGACGUAUGUAAAACGAUUACGAGGAACUCUUCGUGUAAUGAAUUCACGACUUUUAUUUCUGAUCAUUGAAUGAUUGUAAUGGUUUGACUUGUUUCAACGUUCGUAAGUGUGGACAAUGAAACCUUGAUGAUCAAUUGGAGAGCAGCAGUACGUUUUAAACAUUAACACUACAAGCAGUGUUUCCUUUUGAUAUUACCCUGCAUCGAUAUUGAAUAUUUUACGGGACAAGCAGAUUAAGAUGGAUCUUAUGUACGUAAUGUGCAUAAGGUAUACGAUAUCUGAAUAAAGUGAAGAUAAGGAAAAAAAAAAAAUGAACAUUUGUAAGGCACUAAGAGACAGUAAUAAGUGGUAUAUGGAAAUAUCGAUGCAUCGAUUAAAAAGUAAUAAUCGGCGUUUAUAGAUGUGGAAAAUGUUCGCGUUGCGAAAAACUAAAGUUGAAGGGAAGAAUCUUUCUAGGCUCUUAUAGUUAAGCCGAUCUUGGCCGUUGGAUCGAAUAAAUCAUUAUCCAGCGGCGGUACCUGUACUCUGUGUAUAUCUUUAUUUUCUUCAACUGUGAGUAUUUUUAAGGUGAAUAUAAUGCAUGUGUGAGAUAGAGAUAGAUAGAGAUAGAAAGAGAGAAAGAGAAAGAGAGCAAGUGAACGUCAGAGAAAAAGAGAGGGAGAGAGUGAAUUAUAAUUAUAAUUAUAAAUAAUAAUCUUUGCAAGGAAACGUGUGAAAGAAUAAGCGAAUGUAUGAGCGAUAAGAAAAAUUCUUUUUGCCGAUACGUGGCAGAGUAUGUGCACACACAUCGACAUGUUUUUCAUAGAAUGACGCCAGUGUCAUUCGCGCACAAAUCGAAUAGGAAUUUCCAUGUAUGACAAAUCGGCUAAAAUGUUUUUUCUGUAAUGAGAGGUACAUCAAGGCGACAUUGUGACUCGAUAAAAUUUUUCUAUAAAUAUACUACGACUAAACGAAUUCGAUUGAGAUGAAAGAAUGUACUGAUGAAGAGUAAGAUUUUCACAGCACUAUUGAUUUGAUGUGCCACAAUUCAUGUAAAGAAUAUUAAAAGUAAUCAACAGGACGUGUGCAUUAAUUGCAAUUUUUCGAAGCGUUAAAACGCGAGAUAAAAGAAAAAAUAAGAUCCGAAUUUUUACUAUCCUCUAAAAAAAAAAGAAAAAAAAAAAAAGAAAAAAAAAAGAAAAAAAAAGUUUGCACAUAACAGUUAAACCCUCUGGCACUCAUCCCGAGCAAUACUAUUAAUUAUUAUCACCUUCGCUAAUAGCCUAAUUUCUAUGACUCUGGCUAACAAAUCUCGGUCAUACAUUUCUGAAUCAAUAAAUAAAUAGUACUAUACUGUA